AUGAUCCGGACAGUGCAGAUGAAGGUCCUGGAGACGAGUGCAGUUGGUGAAAAGGCGGGAAAGUCCGUGCUCGCUAUCGAAGAGGAUGAGGAGGAUGAGUGGACGGACGAGGAAAACGGAGAGUAUGAGGCGUGCUUGGAUUUGAUGGAGGGGAUGGAGAGUAGUGAGGAUGAAGAGGAUGGUGAAGACGAGGAAGCUUUUAUGGGGGAGGAUGAUGAGGACGAGGAAGAUGAAGAGGAGGAUGGCGAGGAGGAUGACGAGGAGGAUGGAGGGGAGGAUGGAGGGGAGGGUGGAGAGGAGGAUGGAGAGGAGGAUGGCCAAUUAGAAGCUUAUGGAGAAGUGAAUGAUGAGGAAGGGGAUGGUGAGGAUGGAGAAGAGGAUGAGGAGGAUGAGGAAGACCAGGAAAACUAG